CUUGUGCAUGUGGUUUAACGUUCAUAUGUCGAUAAAUGUACAUGUCAGAAAUUUAUCAUGACGACUACUGAAGAGUUAAUACGAAUUCUAGAAGGCGAUGAAAAUGAAGAAUUUUUAUCAGACGAAGAGUUUGACAUUGAUGAAGAGAUUCAAGAUAACAAUGUCACAACCACUAAUUGGACAACGCAAAUUGCUACCCCAAUGUUAGAAGAAUUCGACGACUUUGUUUGUGGACUGUCGCCUGCUGUCAAAUUAGAUGGUACCUCCACGGAAUUAGAUUUCUUCGAACAUUUUUGUAGCAAAGGCUUGUUACAGAAAAUAGCAAAUUGUACGAAUAAAUAUCAUCAACACUUCGUAAGACAUACUGAUCUCAGAAUAUAUUCAAGACUGCAACAAUGGCGCGACGUUUCUAUUGAGGACCUUUACAUAUUCCUUGCAGUAACAAUGCUUUUCACUAGAAACAAAAGAAUAACAAUUGAAGAACACUGGUCUACAGAACCGUUAUUACAUAGUAUGGUGUUCCAUAAUACUAUGUUUCGAAAUAGAUAUUGCUCAAUUUUAGGAAUGCUAUCUUUUUAUGAGGCACCUGCAGGGAUGAGUAGUGUACCGAGAUCACAUAAAAUAAAAAUGAUGAUUGACCACGCUCGUGAAACUUUCAAAACAACAUUUAUCCCGGCAAUGAAUGCCUUCAAAAAAUGUGGCAUAUGGCCUUUCAAUCAGAAUAACUUAACAGAUUCAGAUUUUUCAGCUGCUUCAACCACAGACUCGAACAAAAAACCAAACGAGAAAAAACUAUCGCCGAGGGAAAAUGUUGUUCUCACUUCAACCCCCUACAAAAUUGAGUCAAAAGAACGAGAACAACUUAAGAGAACGAAGAAGUGUUCUAAUCCAAAUGACCCCAAGUUCAAAAAGAACUCUAAGAAACAGCAGACCCAAAAAGCUCCCUCUGGUGUAGAGAAAACCGACGAGAAUACCAUGUGCCUGUACUGCCUUGACGAGGUUAAAAUGUUGUCUGAAGGAGCGAUGAUAGAAUAUGAGGCUCCUGAACAUCAGCGAAUCCUAGUCAGCAAAAUUACAUGUCAAUACCUGGACUUACAAGAACAAAAUGAUAAUCUGCAAUGUCAUUGGGUUUGA